AUGUACAAUCCAAACCCAGUACAGAGAGGUCCUCCUCCACAAAUAUCUCAACAACAGCAACAGCAGAUGUUGCAUAACUCUGUCCGGUCUCAACCACCCAUGCAUCAUCAAGGAAACCCUCCAAUGCAACAACAACAGCUACCACCUGUGCUAGGGAAUUCCUAUGCCAAUAUAGUUCUUGCUCAACAGCAACAAUCACCAAUGAUGAUGAAUCAGAACCCUUCCCCUCAUACAGGAGUAGCAAUUCUUCAUCAUUCUCAGCUUGGAGGUCAAAGCGUUGUUCCACCUGGACAGUCUCUUCCACAGUUUGGUCAACAACAACAACCUCCACCACCACAACACGGUCAAUUCCAUGCUGAGCACGUGAGCAACAAUCGAAAUCACCACUACAACUCUCGUGGGAAUUAUAUGAAUCGUAGAAGAGAUCCACAGGUUCAACCAAACCAUAGAGAACAAGAGUUGAUUCCUUCACAACAACCAUUGCUGAACACAGGUAGUCCCAAUUAUCAGGCAAGACCAAGAUGGACUCCUCAGUCUCCUUAUAAUGAUAGUCUGCAGGGACCAAACACAUCACCCACUGAGACCUAUGUCAAACUUGAAAUCUCUAACAUACCUGAAGAGACUUCUGCCUGGGAAUUGAAAAAUAUGUUAUUGCAAACGGUGCCAUCUUUGAACGGAAAUAUUCACAAUGAACAAAAACUUAGAUUAGUUUAUUCCGGAAAUGGUACCGCAAGGAUGAAUUUGAAGGUCAACAAUGAAAUGGUGGCCAGAGAGGUAAUUUCCAAAUGCCAUCAAAUGCUUGUAGGAAAGAACAAGCUAAUUAUUGCUGAGAGCAGUGAUGUCUCAGACGAGAUCUCUGAUUCAUCCUAUUCUUCUUUUACAGCUUCUUCCAAGAGCCAUAUCUUGCUCAAUACUCUUGGCUCAAACACAGUUACCAUUUCAAACGCCAAAUUCAUAUUUUUGCAACGAUAUUCCUUGUUGGGAGAUACCUCCAAUUACACCUAUAAAAAAAUUGGAGAUUCUGUAGUGAUUGAUAUCAUCUCAACUGGAGAAACACCAACUGCAACACAAAUAAGAGAUGAAUGUGACGAACUUACCGAGUUUACACUCUCCGAGCUCAUGACAGUCCCAUUUUUCGAAGAAAGACAGAAAUUGCUAAACAGUGGAGAGUUCAAAAUGAAUCUCCCAAAUCACUGUUUGGUCUUCAAACACCACAAAGUUUCUUUCAAUGGAUCAGAGUCACCCAAAGUCAAAGCUGAAUGCCGCGUUGUUUGCCAUAAAAAAGAUGAAAAAACAAUCUGCACAGAAGUUUCACAGGUAUUUAAAGGGUUUUGCUUUGAGAUCAAAAUUAAUUCUACUGAAGUUUUGAAAAUGCUUCAGACCGAUAACAAACUUCUGGUUAAGCUUUGGGAUAGAUUCAAAGGUAUCUACAUCAGGUGCCCUAAAGGAAAGAAGCACUUGAUUAUAAAAGGGUACAACAAAAAAGAAACCGAACGGGCUGUUGGAUGGAUAAAGGAUUUGUUUGAUCAACCGACAGAGAAUCUUUCUCAAAUUCUCACCAAUCCCUUCUCCUCAUCAUCCAGCAAGACAACGUCUCAAGAACCAUUGCCACAAUUCCAUGCAUUGAACAAAUCUGGUACUAAUCCUAUUCACUAUGAACUCUUACCAGUGACUACUUUUGAGUACAAUCACUGGAGACAAACAAAACAAGUUCAAAAGCUUCUUGAAGAAGCCAGGAAUCAUGACACUGAGAUUGAUUUUGUCGACAACAACAAAGUUUUCCACAUUGUAAAAGUGGGAAACUGUUUCAUUUACAUGACAAACACUGAUAUGUUCGACAAGACAUUAUCAGUGGAUGUUUUGGUGAAUUGUGCCAAUCCAUAUGAAGAAUCUCCUCUUUCACAGGAAUUCAAAACUGCUGCUGGUACUUUUGUCUCACACGAAUUCAGUAUGAAGAUGGAAACAUUUGAAACGCAUUCACAAGCUGGAAUUGGCACCUUAAUUGAGACAUCUCAUGGAAAUUUAUCCAAUUUCAAAUUUAUUUAUCAUCUCCUUCUUCCGAAUGAUGGUGAAUUGGAAGAAGAUGUAAUUGUAAAAGCAGUCGAAAAUAUUCUUCAAACUGCUGAACAAAACAAAAUCAAAUCUCUUGCCAUUCCUCCAUUCAGACAUGAAGGUGAACAACUAUCUAAGGUAAUCAAGGUCAUGACAAAAACUCUGGAAAAAUACUUUGUGGAACAUCCAGAGAGUUGCAUACGAGAGAUUCACCUUAUCAAAAAAGACUCAAAUGCUAAAGGGGUGCACAAAGCAUUUUCCAAUGCAUUUGACUCUCUUAAAAAUUCGUACAAAAUUUAUCUCAAUCAAGAUCCAACUAUUAAGGUUGAGAUGGACAUGAUUGAUGAUUCAGAAUUUACUGGAACAUUCCGUUUUUAUGACUCAUCUAUUGGUCGUUAUGAAGCGUUCACAACGAAGGAAAAUAACUUCUUGUGUGAACAAUACAUUAAGAAUCCUAAAGCAUCUGUUUCUUUCAAGGACGAUGCAGGAAAAGAAUAUCUCAUCAACUUUGAGUUAAUGGAACAAAGGAACACUUCGACAGGUGUCAACAAUUCCAUUCAACUCAUCCCAAAGAAAGCUUCUGAAGGAUAUCUCGACGCUGUUUGGUUUUAUAAGGAUGCAUACCAAAGAAAUAUACCAUUCAAAGCUCAACAAUGUCGAAAAAUUGAACAAUUUUAUAGAGAGGGAAAGAAACUCAUCGAGCUUGACGGUUCGGCCAUUUUGUUCAAUUACCACAAUCAAACCUUUGAGAAAAUUGACCAGUCUUCAAACACCAAAACAGAAGUUGUGAGAUAUCCUGUUCUCAAAAUCGUUGAAAACCAGAAGGAAAUUCACUCUUUUUGCAAGAAAGGAGAUCUUUUAUAUGUUGUUUAUGCAGAUGCUGGAACAUUAUAUUGUGUAUCAGAUGCUGGAACUAGUUGUGUAAUUAUUAACGAAAGUGACACAAAAGCCAUCACCAUCACGAAAAUCCCAAAGAAGAAGACCACUGGAAUGCGUCCCAAAAUGCACAUGAUCAAACUGAUUUCUCCUCUUCAACAUCUCUCAAAGAGAUUCACCUCUGAAAAAUACAAUCAAUUCCUCUCCAAAUUCAAAACAUCCAAAACGAUUACAAUUUCAAUUCCACUUGAAAAGUUUAUGGAAAAACACAAGGAGUUUAAGGUAUUACCUCCUCAUUUACUCCACAUUCAGAAAAUCGGUCAGACAGGAAAUAAUUAUACUGUCACAGGUUUCUCUCCUAUUGUGGAUCAAUUCAUCCAACAAAUUUCAGAAAAUACGACCAGUAAGACUGAACGACCAAAAGCUCCCUCAAGACAGAACAACACCCAACAACAAAAAUCUUCUUCAACUCAACAAAAUGGAAAACAAAAUGGAUCCACCAAAGAUGGGAAACAAAAGAAUGCCCAACAACCUUCACAAACAGCAAUUCAUCACAAUCAACAAAUGCAAGGUACAUCACAACAGAGAUUAUCUCAACCACCUUUGUAUCCCCAACCCCAACAUCAACCAAUGACAAUGCAGACGUUCCUCCAUCUCAACAACAAAUGCCACCAAGGUUUAUCUUUUCAACAACAGCAGCAACCACAACAACCAUAUCAACCACAACUACAACAAGGAACAUGGAACAACCAACAAACAAGCACUCAAACUUCUGUUGGAAUGACUGUCCUUAAUAAUCAUUACACCAGAAGAAAUGAUUAUUAA